AUGACUCACCGCGCCGACGCAUCCUCCUUCCUCGACAACCGAGGCUACACCGGCCCGCUGAUCCGGGGCGUCAACCCGGCGACGCUCUUCGAGAAGGCGGUCCGCGACCGCAUCACCGACUCCUACUACUGGAAGGAGCAAUGCUUCGGCCUGAACGCGGCCACCCUGUGCGACCGCGCCGUGGAUCUCACCUGCAUCGGCGGCGUAUACGGCGUGGCCGAGAAGCCCACCCCGUUCCUGUGCCUCGCCUUCAAGCUGCUCCAGCUCAACCCGGACCGCGACAUCAUCCUCGAGUAUCUGAACUUCACCGAUCCAGACACAGAAGAUCCCCCGACCUACAACAACCCCAACGGGAAUAACGGUGGGAAUCACGAUGGGGAUGAUGAUGGAAGCGGCGCGGUCGUCAAGGCGCGGGGCGACUUCAAGUACCUCCGCGCGCUGGCGGCGUUCUACGUGCGGCUAACCUUCCCCGCGGCGGAUGUCUACAAGACCCUCGAGCCGCUGCUGCUUGAUUACCGGAAGUUGAAGCGCCGGGUGCGCGACUCGUUCACCCUGACGUAUGUGGAUCAGUUUGUCGAUGAGCUGUUGACCAAGGAUCGUGUCUGUGGUACGAGUCUGUGGAAGUUGCCGCCGCGGCAGCAAUUGGAGGAUUUGGAGUUGUUGGACGAGCGGGUGAGUCCGCUGCAGGCGGAGUUGGAGGAGAUGGAGAGGAGUGAUGACGAGGACGACAAGGAGGAGGGUGAGGAGAAGGAUGAUUGA